GGCGACAGACUUCCUGGUUGAACUUUAAACUCCAUUGGGAGCUCGGCCUGUGCUGCGCUGCAAUAUCCGGCGGAACCGUCAGGAGCCUGGGGAAGGGAAGCGCGCCCCCGGGGCCCGUCCCCGAGGGCCUGAUCCGUGUCUACAGCAUGAGGUUCUGUCCUUAGGCCAAGAGGACGCUCCUGGUCCUGAGGGCCAGGGGAAUCCGGCAUGAAGUCAUCAACAUCAACCUGAAAAAUAAGCCUGAGUGGUUUUUCAAGAAGAAUCCCUUAGGCCUAGUGCCGGUUCUGGAAACCAGUCUGGGUCAGUUGAUCUAUGAAUCUACCAUCACUUGUGAGUACCUGGAUGAAGCAUAUCCAGAGAAGAAGCUGUUGCCAGGCGACCCCUAUGAGAAGGCUUGCCAAAAGAUGGUCUUUGAGUCCUUUUCUAAAGUACCAUCUUUGAUGGUAAGCUUUCUUAGAAAGCAAAAUAAGGAAGAUUGCUGUGGCCUAAAAGAAGAACUGCAUAAAGAAUUCAGCAAGCUGGAGGAGGUUCUGACUAAUAAGAAGACAACCUUCUUUGGUGGCAAUUCUCUUUCUAUGAUUGAUUACCUCAUCUGGCCCUGGUUUGAAUGGCUAGAAGCCUUGGAGUUAAAUGAGUAUGUAGACCAUACUCCAAAUCUCAAGCUCUGGAUGGCAUCCAUGAAGAAUGAUCCCAUAGUAUCAUCUCUCCCCAUCGAUGUGAAGACCCUUCAAGGUUUCUUCAACCUCUACUUGCAGAACAGCCCUGAGGCCUGUGACUAUGGUCUCUGAUGGAGACAAGAGUCAGCAAUGAAGACACAGCUGAUGCUUUGCUUCACUAAUAUGAAUAAUACCAUGCUUUUAUUUUACUAAGUGUUCUCAUGUCUUAUUGGAUCACCUUCUCUGAUUUGACAUCAAAUUUGGCUAUACUGUGGGCUUUCCUUAAGACCCUCCUGCAGAAAUAUAAAACAUAUUUCCUGUCUCAGAAUGCUCAAAUGACUAACGGCUAUCACAGUCCAUGCUGAUAGACUGGAUGAUAAACUACUUAUUCUUAUAGCUGAUCAUGAGCUGGCCUCAGACUGUCCCUGUGCUUGCCUCUCAUAGCUGAUCUCUUGUUCACAUCAUUAUGAUUGCUUAAUUAGAUCUUCAAAGUUUUCUGACCUUAUGGCUUCUGCAUAUGCUUUUCCCCUGCUUGGAAUCCUCUCCCUUUUCCUCAUCACAAAGCUCAUCCUUUAAGUAUUGCUAUGAAUUGAAUUUUGUCCCUCAAAAUUUGUAGGUUGAUGUCCCCACUCUCAGUAUCUCAGAAUGUGACUGUAUUUGGAAGCAGGGUCUUUCCUAAAUGAAAUGAAGUAAUUUAAUGUGGCCCUACUCCAGUAUGAUUAGUAUCCUUAUAAAAGGGGAAAUUAAGAGACAGAUACACGCAGAAGGAGAACACCAUGUGAACACGAGGACAGUUAUUCACAAUCUGGAAUACAUUCUCCGUCAUAGCU